AUGGUCACCGCGUUAUCUCCAGCUCAAAUGACGGAACAGUACGACUCUGGGAUGUGGAGAAAGCCGUACAGAUCGGACAACCAUGGUCGCCGUGCUAUUUCCGGCUCGGCCGACUGUACGGUGCGACUAUGGGAUGUCGAGACAGAUCGAAAAACGUGUUGUGUGUUCAGGGGACACACGGGUGCAGUCAAAUCUGUCGCAUUCUCACCAGAUAGUCGCCAGAUUGUUUCUGGCUCGUCUGACAGGACUUUGCGGUUGUGGGACGUCGAGACAGGCGCACAGAUCGGACAGGUGCUCGAGGGACACACAUAUGCGGUCAUGUCUGUAGCAUUCUCGCCGGAUGCUCGUCGCAUUGUUUCCGGCUCUAUUGAUGAGACCGUGCGGCUAUGGGAUGUCGAGACCCACAGGCAGAUCGGAGAUUCAUUCGAAGGACACGCCAGUAAUGUAUAUUCGGUCGCAUUCUCGCCGGAUGGUCGUCGUGUAGUUUCUGGCUCACAUGAUCAGACUGUGCGGUUGUGGGAUGUCGAAACAGGCAAACAGCUCGGAAAGCCACUCGAAGGGCACGCUGGUAGCGUCUCCUCGGUCGCAUUCUCACCAGAUGGAUUCACUAUCAUCUCUGGCUCGGACGACAGGACGAUACGGUUGUGGGAUACAGAGACAGGUAGACAACGAGGGCGCUCGCUGGAGGGACACAUGAGUAGGAUCUGUUCGUUGGCAGUCUCCCCAAAUGGUCGCAAUUUAGUUUCUGGCUCGGACGAUCAAACAAUGCGGCUAUGGGAUGUGGUCGACGAACCCAUGCUGUACUGCGAACCCUUACCAGAGACGAUGGAGACCAUGUACACGCCUUCACCUAUUGAACGACUCCCGAUCGAGAUCCUCCGUCAUAUUUUCAACCUUUUCGUGAUUAUUGAUAACUCUCCGUGGUGGUUGACUCUCGUUAACCGGCACUGGCGAGCCGUGGCCCUCGAUUCGUGCAUUCUAUGGACAAAGAUUGCCAUCCAGGACGACGAUUUCUUCACCGAGCUAUGGAGGACACCUAAUUGUGAGAGCGUAUACUCUAUUGGCGCUCUCACUGUCUGUUGCAAUGGGCCCCAGUUGAAAGAUGCACUCUCAAGAGCGGGUCGGGCGCCUGUAAAGCUUUAUGUCGCCUUAUAUGAUCCAUUUGACAGUGAUUUAUGGGCCCUCUCCGCCAAAUCUUGUUAUGACUUACGGAUCGAAUCCGCAUCUAUGAGCGGUAACCUGCAGGGGACCGACAGCCUCAUCUCCAAGCUGUUCACCGUGUCGAGUCUGGCCAAUAUGAAAUGCCUGACUCUUCACCAUAGCCAAACAAUGUCACCUCUAUUGUCAAGAAGGCUCGAUGAAUGCGCGGUCAAGCUACGAAGACUCGAAAUAUGGGUAGAUUUCUGGGGGGGCGCACCUAGGGUUGACGAAGGCCUGCCCUCACGUGUAGAAAAUUUGGUCCUGACAGGGCCUGGGUCAUUCAACAUCGUCUCAUGGACCCAUCUUGUGUCACUUGAGGUCAUGGCAACUACAUGGCCGGAUUGUGGCACACCUAUGAUCGAGCUCACCCAGCUCAAGCGGCUCAAGAUUCGCGGGAAUCCACGUCAUCUCCAUCAUCUUCGCCUUCCCGUGCUUCACUCUCUCAUACUCGUUGAAAAGUCAUCCAAUUGCGCCCACAUGCGGGAAACCUGUAUACCUACUAUAUGUCUGCCAAAACUUUACACCUUAGAGACAGUCACGCAACACGUGAAAUGGAUCAAUGCACUCGAGAUGCCGUCCUUGCACAACCUAGAGAUCAUAACGUUUCAGAAGGUCAGGACGGAGUCAAAUCCCGGUAUAUUGAAACUCUCUGCACCGCAAGUAAACCGGGUCAAAGUCGAUGUGGCGAUCCCAGAAGAGUUUGGGAGCGAAACGCUCGCGACAAUGGCGUCCGUCCAACACCUUCGCUUCGAAUCUUGUGGUCCCGCUGGACCCUGGGAGAAUAUCCUGGAGAUGUUGUUCGCUGACAGAGUCUUGCCUUGUCCCCAUCUUCGCUCAUUGGAGUUUGGAACAAGCCGCAGACACGACUCCGCACUAGAUGAUCGCAUUCGAGAGAUUAUACGCAUCGCAAAGACGUCCAGUAGAUUCCCGCUCGAGUAUAUCGAUGUGGAUUGGGAUGAUGCAGGGGUUAUACGUUACGCUUAA